UGCAGGUACUGUUAUGACUCUGGGCAGAAGGAGAUCUGCAUCAAUCCCUAUCAUUACCGCCGCAUCGAGAGCGACGGUGUUCUGCCACCGGUGCUGGUGCCAAGACAUUCAGAACUGCCACCAGCUUCGAUUCCGCCAGGAAUCCGACGAAUGCAAGCCAUGGAAGCGUCCGGUUCGUCGAUGCCGCAGAACGUCGAAGUUGCCGGGCUAUUCAAUCAUUCGCAGUUCAAUCAAAUGCACGUGGACGACGCCGAUAGUUACAACUUCUCGCCAAGUGACUUCUUCACCGGUCUACAUCGACGGCUACACCGAUCCCACGAACAAUCCACAGAAAAUCAGUUUGGGACUGUUCUCGAACGUCAACAGGAAUCCACCGAUUUGAAAAUACACGGCGGCUCAUCGGAAAAGGUUGGAGUGAAGCUCACCUACGUGCGUCAUCAGGGUACACUGUUCGCCGAAUGUGAGUCCGACUCGGCAAUCUUUGUACAGUCACGGAACUGCAACUACAUUCAUGGCUUCCAUCCGACAACCGUCGUUAAAAUUGCAAACAAGUGCUCUCUGAAAAUCUUUGACGAGCAGUGCUUCAGAAGGUUACUUGCCGAGUGUUCUACGCGAGGAUUUGAUGCUUCCUACGAGCUGACGAAGAUGACUAUCAUUCGAAUGUCAUUCGUGAAAGGAUGGGGAGCUGAGUAUCAACGCAAAGACGUCACGUCAACUCCUUGCUGGAUUGAAAUCCAUCUACAUGCACCAUUGACAUGGCUUGAUCAAGUUCUCAAACACAUGACACCUCCUCCGCGACCGAUCUCAUCGAUAUCAUGA